ACGAGCUGUUACCGAGCGCUCCAGGUUGCGACAGACUGCUUUAACCAUGUCAUUCAAGAAGGAGAAGAGCGAGCCAACAGAGAGCUCGGAGCAUCAGCAAGAUUGUAAUACAAUGAGCUUCGAUCAAGAGAUGAAAGAGUCAACUGAACAGCCUCCCAAAAUGAUCGACACCAGUUGCACCCAAAUCAGCUUGACAGGGACGUUCAUGACUGCAGAGAUGCCAUUUGAUACUCAUCAGGAGGAGAAAAUCCCUGUUCCUAAUAGCAGCUCGACUCGAUUAAGCUUUCGGAAGCUCUGGGCCUUCACAGGGCCUGGCUUUCUGAUGAGUAUUGCAUACCUGGAUCCAGGAAACAUUGAAUCUGACCUUCAGUCUGGGGCUAUUGCAGGAUUUAAGAGUGAGCCAGUAUGCACUCCUCAAGCGGAAACAGAUGAACAUGAAUUUUUGGUUUGUUGGGAUCCUGCUGUGCGCAUUUGCUGCCACACAGAUGCUGACAGCACCUUGAACUCAAAGUCCAGAGAAGUGAACCGAGCCAAUAAGAACGAAGUGAAGGAGGCGAAUCGCUACUACUUAAUCGAAGCCUGCAUGGCUUUGUUGCUGUCGUUCAUCAUCAACGUCUUUGUGGUCUCAGUGUUUGCCGAAGCGUUUUAUCAUAAGACCAAUGGGCAGGUGCACGAAGUGUGCGCCAACAGCAGUAGUCCACACUCUGACCUCUUCCCGAACAAUAACAGCACUCUCAGUGUCGACAUCUACAAAGGGGGCGUUGUGUUGGGCUGUUACUUUGGUGCUGCUGCUCUCUACAUCUGGGCCAUUGGUAUCCUGGCCGCAGGUCAGAGUUCGACCAUGUCGGGGACAUAUACAGGACAAUUCGUCAUGGAGGGUUUCUUGAACCUCAAGUGGUCUCGUUUCACCCGUGUUGUCUUCACACGGACAAUCGCAAUUACCCCCACCCUGUUGGUGGCUGUUUUCCAAAAUGUGGACACGCUGACAGGAAUGAAUGACUUGCUGAAUGUUCUGAUGAGUUUGCAGCUGCCAUUUGCAUUGAUCCCGGUAUUGACGUUUACCAGCAUGGGCUCAGUCAUGCACGACUUCGCUAAUGGGCUAGUGUGGAAGAUCAUCGGGGGAUUUAUCAUUCUGAUCAUCUGCUGCAUUAACAUAUAUUUUGUGAUCGAUUAUGUGAGGAGUCUGCAUGCGAUGGCAUUCUACAUUGUGGUUGCAGUCAUAGCAGUUGCCUACCUGUCUUUUAUAAGUUACUUGGUGUGGUUUUGUUUGGUUGCGAUGGGUGUCCAGACCUUAGCCUGUGGACGUACGGUGAGCGUGAGCAGGGUGAUGAUCUUGGAAGAUCAGAAGCAGACAUUCCGUCGGACAGGAUCACAGCGCUCGGCAGACACUAGUACCUUCCAGUGAAGACUGUAUCUGCGGGAGUCACGGGAAGUGUUUAUUUUGCUGACAGAGCAUUUCUCAAAUGGGAACAAGUCCACGGAUUUACUGUAAAUAAAUGAUUGUCACGAAUCAUGAUCAGGAGUUGUAUUGGUGCCCGAUUCAGGAGACGAUGAUGAUGCAAUUGAUUUUAAUGACAAGUAAACAUCUUAAUUUCCACUUGACUUCCAUCUGACCACUGCAAACUGAAGAUACGGUCCCAGGAUCUGGAGGUGAAACCAAUGCCCGCUCUGUUACGAUGCCAAUAAUGCCAGUGGGCAGUGCCGGUGACAUUGAAUUUCCGAGGUGUUUCUCUGGGCUCAGCUGUGUUAGUGGGGGCUAACUUGCUUCCAGGUAGGCCCACGUUGGAUGAUUGUUAAAAUAAUAUUUAUUGAAUUGACACCCUUCACAGCAGAGUGUGAAGCAGAGGGCAUUCUAGGAGAUACAAGGUGCCUUGCCUGUGGUAGGGAGUCCCCUGACUGUCAGGCUGAGAAACCCUGGACCACGUCAAUGCCAGUGAGUUUAGCGGUGUCACUCAGAGUGGUUUCAGGUUCCAGCUCCCAGACCAAAAGCGCCACAGCCUGGCUGCGAGCCUUCUCUGUCUGAUGUGAAUGCUGAACCAGUUUUUACCAGAGAAAGAAAGAUUUCUUAAGGUGGGAAACGAUGUGAGAUGGGAGGAGGCAAGACAGAGAGAGAGAGAGACAGGAGGAAUCAAGAGAGAGGUGGAGGGAGCAAGAGAGAGAGAAAGGAGGAGAAAAGAGAGAGGAGGCGGCAAGAAGGAAGCAAGACAAGGCAAGAGGGAGAGGUAGAACGAGGGUGACAUGAUCACUGUGCCAUGAGAGCCCUUGCUACUCCAGGGCAUUGUGGCCAUGCCACUGAUGCCCCUUUGGUGGUUCUGGAGGCCCUGUUAGUGCCCGCCUGUUUGUCUCACCCAGUUUAUGCACUCCCUUCGCUGGGUGAUCGUUGGUGCAUCAAGGGAGGAGGGAGGUGAGUGCCUGUGGAUUGUCACGUGGUAUAAUUCUGUCAAUGUUUGCCGUUGUAUUUUGAAAUGAUCCCGAAUUAUUGUAAGCUGUAGAUUCUCAAAAAUAAAUAAAUGAAU